ACCGUCGCUCCAACACAAUGCAGCUUUUAAUGGAGCUGUGAGCGGUGCGGCUCGUAAACGCAGCUCCACCACAGGCUUGUCCGGAGACCGUAGCCGUGCGAAUUCCAACUGGACGAGGCUGUAGUGCUUAGACAAAACCCGCCCAGCGGCUCUGACUCAGGUUUUUCGCGCACCUCUUCGGACUCAGCUGCCGGGGUCCCUUUUUCAAGGAGGAGAAUAUUUCUGAAUCUCCACCUUUCCAGGAUUUUCUGUAAGGGAGUCAGAAAAUGAGCACGUCCCACAUAGAAACAACUUUCCACCCCGGCUCUCUCACCCACCUGUGAGCAGUCAUGCUCUCCUCGCAUCACCCUUCGAGGGGCACCCCUCUCCAGACGCUGGACUGCUUUCUGACAUAGAUUUAGAAGAAUGCCAAUACCUCAUGACAGAAAUGGCAACGUGUUGUGUGAGCUUUAACACAUUAGAGUACAUAUUAGAGUAUAGGUGAGGCUAAUACCCACAGGAUCCUCAAGAGGAGGAAAACGGCCUCAGAUGACCUUUGCACAAGGACACAGCUUCAUCCCAGCUUUGAUGAUUUAGUAUCCAUCCUGCUGCCUUGCUGACAAGGUUAAAGAUGGCUGCUGCUGAUCCCCAUAGCAACGGUUCCUUGAUGGGGCAAGGAGCAGACUGAGGGAGUUGACAAUGCAGCGUAACGGUGGUGGGGUAGGCGCUGGAGGCCAGCCAUGGGUGCUGCGGCGUGUGCGUCUCACGUGGCUCAGUUUCAUGCUCUUCUUUAUCCUGGUCUUUUUCCCACUGAUUGCCCACUACUACCUCACAACCAUUGAUGAAGCUGGAGGUCUCGAUAAGCGCAUCUUCGGGCCUCGGCCUGGCGGGGAACUGUGUGAAGCCAAGCACGUGCAAGACCUUUGCCGCAUUCGUGAGUCGGUCAGCGAGGAGCUGCUGCAGCUGGAGGCCAAGCGACAGGAGCUCAAUGGGGAAAUUGCGCGACUCAACUUGCGCAUCGAGGCCUGUAAGCGCAGCAUUGACAGCGCCAAGCAGGACCUGCUGCAGCUAAAGAAUGUUAUUAGCCAGACGGAGCAUUCUUAUAAAGAACUAAUGGCCCAGAACCAGCCUAAGCUGUCGCUGCCUGUGAAGUUGCUGCCAGACAAGGAAGACCCAGGAUUGCCACCACCAAAGUCUGCACGCUUCUGCCGCCUGCGUUCCUGCUUCAACUAUGGACGCUGCCCUCUUACAUCGGGGUUUCCUGUGUAUGUCUAUGACACAGGGUCUUAUCCAUGGGGCGUCUUUCUCGACCCAUUGGUGAGGCAGGCUUUUGCAGCGUCAGUUAAAAGCAACAUUUAUGUGACUGAUAAUCCCGAUGUUGCCUGCUUGUAUUUGGUGCUGGUAGGGGAGCUCGAAGAGUCCUCCUCCCGUCCGCUGCCAUUACCUUCAGAGCUGGAGAAACAACUAAAAAAUCUACCUUACUGGAGAAUUGAUGGACACAACCAUGUACUUUUGCAUCUCUCAAGAAAGUCCAUGACGCAGAACUUCCUGUAUAAUGUGAGUGCAGGACGGGCAGCGGUCGCUCAGUCCACCUUUUUUCAGCAGCAGUACCGUGAGGGCUUUGACUUGGUUGUGUCCCCCCUGGUUCAUGCUCUUUCAGAACCUAACUUUUUGGAAGUGCCCCCUCAAGUUCCAGUAAAGAGGAAAUACCUGUUCACCUUCCAGGGAGAGAGGGUGGAGUCACUAAGGAGCAGCUUACAAGAGUCGCCCCCUCAGUCUUUCGAGGAGGAGCUGGAAGGAGACCCACCAGCUGACUACGACGAUCGCAUCAUUGGCACCCUAAAGGCAGUGCAGGACAGCCACCUGGAUCAGGUGCUGGUGGAGUUCACAUGUAAGGACCCUCAGCCAAGUCUGCCAACUGAGUGGGCUCUUUGUGGACAGAGGGAUGACAGGCUGGAGGUACUCAAGGCUUCUACUUUUGCCCUUGUGAUUGCUCCAGGAGAUGGACAGCUGGUGGCCUCGGCAGGCUGUGGAAUGAGGCUCUUCGAGGCCUUAGAAGUGGGAGCAAUUCCAGUUGUGUUGGGCGACCACUCCAGACUACCUUACCACCAGUUUAUUCGCUGGAGUGAAGCGGUGAUUAUAGUCCCCAAACCUCGUGUCACAGAGCUACACUUCUUGCUGCGCAGCCUGUCGGACAAUGAUAUGCUAGCUUUGAGGCGGCAAGGUCGCUUCCUGUGGGAGACCUACUUCUCCACCUCAGAGAAUGUUCUCAGUACCAUCCUGGCGAGCAUCAGAACCAGCAUCCAGGUUCCAGCUGCACCCAUCAAAGAAGAACCUGCCCACGAGAUUCCUCACAAAGCUGGGAAGCUGGCAGGAACUGACGCCAACCUGGCUGACAAUGGUGAUCUGGAUUUGGGUCCCGUCGAGACGGAGCCCCCCUACGCCUCGCCACGCUUUCUUCGCAACUUCACAUACACUGCUGUAGACACCUACAGAGCAUGGAACCGGGCCCCGGGGCCUUUUCAUCUGUUUCCGCACACUCCUUUGGACCCUGUGCUGCCCUCUGAAGCCAAAUUCCUGGGCUCUGGUACUGGUUUUAGGCCCAUAGGUGGAGGUACGGGGGGCUCGGGAAAGGAGUUUCAGGCAGCUCUAGGAGGCAACGUGCCUCGAGAACAGUUCACGGUGGUUAUGCUCACAUAUGAGAGGGAGGAGGUGUUGAUGAAUUCUCUGGAGAGGUUGAAUGGGUUGCCUUACCUGAACAAGGUCGUGGUGGUGUGGAAUUCACCCAAACCUCCUUCAGAUGACCUCCUGUGGCCCGACAUUGGCCUGCCAAUUGUGGUUGUCCGCACAGAGAAAAACAGCCUCAAUAACCGCUUCCUGCCCUGGGACGCCGUGGAAACCGAGGCCAUUCUGUCGAUUGACGAUGACGCUCACCUUCGCCAUGAUGAAAUCAUGUUUGGGUUCAGAGUGUGGCGUGAGGCCAGAGAUCGAAUUGUGGGUUUCCCUGGGAGGUAUCAUGCGUGGGAUGUCAACCAUCAGUCAUGGCUCUACAACUCCAACUACUCAUGUGAGCUCUCCAUGGUCCUGACAGGAGCUGCUUUCUUCCAUAAGUACUACGCCUACCUUUACUCCUACGUGAUGCCACAGGCCAUCAGGGACAUGGUGGACGAGUACAUAAACUGCGAGGACAUCGCCAUGAACUUCCUGGUGUCUCACAUCACUCGCAAACCUCCCAUAAAGGUCACGUCUCGCUGGACGUUCCGCUGUCCCGGCUGCCCUCAGGCCCUCUCGCAUGACGACUCACACUUCCACGAGCGCCACAAGUGCAUCAACUUCUUCGUCAAGGUCUACGGCUACAUGCCGCUGCUGUACACGCAGUUCCGCGUGGACUCGGUGCUUUUUAAGACUCGUCUGCCCCACGACAAGACCAAGUGCUUCAAGUUCAUCUAGCAUCGGGGGGGGGGGGCGAGUGGCGCAAGCAAAGAGCCCAGGAGCGCAGUGGAAUUGACGGAGUGGGAAGUAUUUAACGAGAGCAGGAGUUGAUUGACAGAUGCGCUGGAGGGAAAUUUUGCCUCGAGAGGUUACCUGUGUGGGAAGAGACGAUUUUAAAACUCCACAUCUCUACUGAAAAUUUGAAGAGUGGAAGCUCCACUGCCAACAAAACAAAGCUUCUUUUUUUUUUCUCCCAGCGGACGUCAACUCCUCCCGAUUCAUGUUCUUCAGUCACGCUCCAUCAUUAACCACUACAGAUGUCAUCGGCACCUCUGAACCUGGCCUGCAGAGGGAGCAACGGCGGUUGUACACAGUGUACAGAAAACUCUUUCAGGACAAACUCUGAUAAAAGAGCCUGAUUACAGAGUGACCACUGACCGCGCUCGGCUCAGCAGCAGCAGCAGCAGCAGCAGCAGCAGCAGCAGCAGUCUGUUGUCGACGGGUUUCAGCACGGAGAACAAACAGUGACGGUGGCUCACAGCCGCCGCUGCGCUCUUUUCCUGUUUUAUUACAGUUACAAACUGUACUCCUUGUACAUGUACACGAGAGAAGCACUGAUUGUCAGAAGUAUUUUAUUGGAAACAAACUCUUUUUCUUUUCUUUGUUUUGUUUUUUUAAAUAAUGCUGUUUAAAUGUGUAAAUCUCUUUAUGUUUUUCCAGGUCCUCUGCCCGUGGUGGGGUGAGACACAGAUUUAGUGUGAAACAGGGGAAUCACGUCGGCCCGAUCCAUGUCCAGUCGUGUGUCCGCUGUCACCAUAAUGCCUCAAACGUGUCAUGAAAACCAGCCGCCACUUUAGUCAUUUUUGUUCCGCCUCCGCCCUUCGCUGUAUGCUUGCUGUACGGUGUUAACUUAUGUCUGAAAAAAAAUGGAAUUCUUACAGUUUCCCUCGCAACAUAGUCAGGAGUCACAGUUGCCAAAAAAAUAGCUUUUUCUGAUUCUGAUUGACAGUAGGAACAUGUUUAAAAAAAGAAAGUGAAAGAAAAUGUUUAUUUGCAUUCUGGCAGUCUUAAAUUUAGUUUCAACCUCAUAUUUAACCAUUUUUUUGUUUGUUUUUGAAAUACAAACAGGAAAGAAUGUAUAAAAAUGAUUAUUGAAUCAAUAAAUGUUAAGUAUUUGAGCUUUA